AUAGAAAGAUUACAAUUUUCCCAAGAGGUUAAUGUAAUAUUAGAAACACGAGGAGUCAAUGUAAUUUAAACUAAAUUCGAAGGAUCUUUCUGCAAUUUAUCCCAACAAUAAACUUUCCCACCGGGCCCAGUCAAAGUUCCAUUCGACCCGACCCGUAUAUCUUACUCGUUGCCCCACGACGAGCGUGGGCGCGUGAUCCGGCGCUCUAACCGUCGCCUUCGUGUAUAUAUUGCACCCGCGAAUCGAGGCGAGUGGUCUUGGUGUCACUUGACCCCGCGUCGUUUCCGCUGGCCACUCUGACUAGCUUGAAAGAUUCUAGAGAGAGAGUGAAAAGUUAGAGAGAGAGAGAGAGAGAGAGAGAGAGAGAGAGUAGAAACAUAAAAACGGUAUGUCAUUGAACGGGCAUUGCUCCGGGAUGUAUAUUCGGGUCGGGUCGAAUUCGAAGACCACCGUCUUCACCCCCAACCUCUCUGACAGCGAAACAAAGUAAAGACGAUCAAGAGAGAGAAAUUUCAGUGGUUUUGCAUAUAAAAUUCUCUUGGCUUGAAAGAGUCACCUGAAUCUUUGUUAAUAGAAAAAAGCCAGCUACUCACUCAAUUUUGGGGGUCUUAUAGCAGACGUUGAAUUGUUGAAUUUGAUCUGGUUUUCAUGUGAAUAGCAGCUUAAUUUUCAAUACAUUCAAUUCAAUUCGAAUUUGAUUCCCCUUUUCUCUCUCUCCUGCGUGAAAUUGUGAAAAAAUGUGGAGGGCAGGAACUUCAGCUGAUUCGUAUUAUCAGGUGCGGCCUGAGUGCGCUGAUGAUGUUCCUGAAAGCAAGUUCAGAAUCAAGGUAGGGAGAACUUUAAGUGCGCGGAAAUGGAAGUCUGCUUUCUCGACGGAAGGUUAUCUUGAUAUAAGCAAAACACUCGGUCGAAUUCAUCGUGGGGGUGUUCACCCGUCAAUUAGAGGGGAAGUUUGGGAAUUCUUAUUGGGUUGUUAUGAUCCCAAGAGCACUUUUGAGGAACGAGAGCAAAUACGAGAACGUCGCAGAGUGAAGUAUGCAUUGUUGAAAGAAGAAUGUCAUCAAAUGUUCUCGCUGGUUGGAAGUGGGAAGUUUGUCACUGCACCAAUAAUUACGGAAGAUGGUGAACCUAUACAAGAUCCCAUCGUACUUCAACAACUUAAUUGUGGCAAAGAACAUGCAUCUCUUACUAAGGGAAACGAUGCUUUCAGCGGCUCCCAAAUGGAAAGACAAUCAAAUGGAUAUGGUCCCAUGGACAAGAAAGAGAUUCAGUGGAAACUUACAUUACAUCAGAUAGGUCUCGAUGUAGUCCGAACGGACAGGACACUAGUGUUUUAUCAGAAGCAAGAAAGCUUGUCAAAACUUUGGGAUAUCCUAGCCGUCUAUUCCUGGUUUGAUGCAGAUGUUGGGUAUUGUCAAAGUAUGAGUGAUCUUUGCUCUCCAAUGAUUAUUCUCCUUGAGGACGAGGCGGAUGCAUUUUGGUGCUUCGAACGCUUGAUGCGAAGACUGCGAGGAAAUUUCAGAUGCACCGAGAGCUCUGUAGGGGUUGAGGCACAGCUCGGCAAUCUAGCUUCAGUAACUCAAAUUGUUGAUCCUAAACUUCACCAGCACUUAGAAACUCUAGGUGGUGGUGAUUAUCUCUUUGCUUUCCGGAUGCUUAUGGUUUUGUUUCGGCGAGAAUUCUCUUUUGGUGAUUCUUUAUAUCUUUGGGAGAUGAUGUGGGCUCUAGAGUAUGACUCUGAUCUAUUCUCUAUGUACGAAGACCGCGAAUCAGCAACCGAAAAAUCAGAGGGAUCUAAAGGAAAGGCCAAGUCAAGACGGAGACAGUGUGGAAAAUUUGAAAGAGAGAACCUCAGAAACGGAGGCAAAAGUGCUGCUGCACCUCUUCCUAUUUCUGUGUUUCUUGUGGCCAGUGUCUUGAAAGACAAGAGUUCUAAGUUGACAGAAGCCCGAGGCUUAGAUGAUGUUGUACAGAUACUUAAUGACAUUACUGGCAACCUUGAUGCAAAAAAAGCUUGCAUGGGGGCUAUGAAGCUUCACAAGAAGUAUCUAAAAAAGGCCAAAAAUACAUGACAGGCGAAAAUUUCUGCCAGUGAAAUUCGAAGUUUGGUCGUGUCAAGGACAACAACUGCCUCCGUUGCCUGAUACAUGAUCAGCAUGUGUAUACUGAUGCUAAUGAAUGCUAAGAGAUUCACAUCCAGUAUACCAUUGAUUUUUCUGCAAUAGUUGUGUGAUAUAGAAAGGUGAGUUGUUUGUAAAAAAUCUAAAUGGAAUCUAUAAAAGAGCAUCAAUUUUUUAUUUAUUUUUUAAUAA